CUUGGUGGAAGGCUAGCUAUGAGAGUAACUAUUCACAAUUUAUUUUUCAUUCCAGCUGAGACAGAAGUUUGUCUCCUAUAUAGUAUCCACAAGCUCCUCCUACAAGUGCCUUACUUCCUGAGGCUAAAGACUGCUAUGGCUCUUUUUUACUGUUUAAGAGCUUGAGUUGUUCUAGUCAUUAUUUGCAAUGGUAUUGAUUUCUGUCUCAUAACUAUUGGGUUGCUUGGCUGUUCUUUACAGGUAACAAGAAGGCUGUUCUGUUUUGUACAUCUGUUGAGAAAGCUCGGGGUGGUUUACAGGAGAGCAGAGAGAGGACUCUUCUCCAGGAGCUGAUCAGGUGAAGGCUACACUGCCUUAGUUUCAGUGGGGGGAAACACCCAUGGCUGUGGCUUCUCAGUUUGCCACGCAGUACAGAAAACAGCUGAGUCCAGAGAGUCUUGGAGCACAGCAAGCCUACCAAAAGUCCUCUUCGCAAAGAGAGAACAGACGCAAAGACUUUGAAAAAAGCAGAAAGUUGGAUUUGCCAAAUGCUGACCUUCCAUUGGAAAAGAGGAUCCAUUCUCACAAUCCAGAGGCAACUGAGGACACCAAAGCUAAACAAAACCCAACUAUAAAGGCAGCUCCCAGAAAGAGAGAACAUGACCGUAGAGAAAUGCUGCGACGUUACAAAGAGGAGAAAGAACUCCGCAAACUGAAUGAACAAAGGGAGAAGGCUAAUAAGAGGGGGGCAUUCAUAACGGGCAUAUAUAGACCGGAGCCAUUGGCAGCCGUGGUUCCUCUCAGGCCGCUGAAUGUCAAGCUGAUCAAGCCCAAAGAGAAGACUGCAGUGGAGAGAACCAACAGAGGUAAUGAUCUGCCCCCUGCUCCAUUACGGCAGAGACAAGCAUGCACUGAUAACAUUCGUGAGAGAGGAAGCAAAGAGGCCCCCAAAGUAAUUACUAGAGCUGCUGCUUCAGGUAUUAACAGGGAGAUGUCAAAACCAGCCCGAUUUGCAGCAGGAAAAGCAGUCCCAAGACGCACUUGUAUCUGCACGUUGUGCCAAGUCCUUUUCAAGUGGUUCUUCCAGGCUGGUGCCACCAUCUUCGAUGAGAUGGUACCAUCUUCGAACAAUUGCCCUAGUAGGAAGCCUGUUACAAUUUCCAUGCCUGUCGAGUGCCUUUUCCCCAGCCAUGGAUACAUGAAUCCACAAAUAACAAGGUCCACCUGUAAUCCUUACAAAAGCCUUGAAAACACAGGUCCACCAGAAAGAAAGGCAAUCAAAAAAGGAGGGAAGCAGGAAGAAGAUGCAGCUAAAAAAGUUUGAGGCAAAGUUGUGAUGGCUUUUGUGAAUGUCCCCACUAGAGUCUAAGCUGAAUACUUCUAACAUGCUGUUUUUAGAUUUAUGGAUUUUCUUUCUUUGUAACUGUCUGCCUUCAUGAGUUUUUCUUUUUCCAAUGGGUUGAAUUGUACACAUACCAUUUUUAGACAGAUACCUUAGAAAUGUGAGGAUUUUUUAGCUGGGAAAUAAGCUGUUUAUUAUGGAGAUAGAGUUAUUUUGAACAGGUGUAACUCAAACUAAAGAAGGCAUUGGCAUUCGAUCAGUUUAAUUAUACCUUUUUAAAAAUUACCAUCAUUAGUGCUGAUGGAAGUGUCUGUGUACGCACAUAAGACCUUAUAUUAGUUUAUGGAAAUAUGCAGGAUCUAUCUCUUCAUCUCAUCUUUAAUAUAUGUAAUAUAUGAAUCUAGUAAUGGAAAGUUCCAGAAUCAAAUAAACAUGUAAAUAUUAUAUAAAAAAUCAAAA